AUGGUCAAAUUUGUGUCAAACCUGAUUGAUUGCCAAUGCUUUCCUCGGCGCAUUCAGAAACCCAUAUGGCAUGUGUUGUGCUGCUGGAGGGUGCAAGUUUUUUGUCAGGCUGAAAAUGCUGCGGAGAAGAAGUCAGUACUGAAGGGUGAGACGCAGUCAACGAAAUGGCCGCUGUCAACCUGCGAACGAAAGUGGCCAUGGGGAAUGGCUGAGAUGAUCCUUCGCCUUCACGGUGCUCUGGUUGGCCCCUCUGGUUCCCAAGGCUCCCAAGGCUCGGGAGCUCCAAAGUGGUGCAAACAAACGUGUUUAGCAAUGGGAUUUGUUCAAGAUGUUUCAAGUCAUUGGCAUGUCCUUAGCCAAAAAAAAUGGAUAGUCCGUACAUCAUUGGCACGGCAUGUCCCAAACAAUGAAUCAUUUGAUCAACAAAAAAUUGGAUUUAAACCUUGCAACAUUGGCAUUUGCUCUCGCAAAACAAGUGCCCUAAGUGACCAAGAUUAA